AUGUUGACACGUUCCAUCCUCCAACGCAUUUGUAUUCCAACAUCAAGACGAUGUCUUUCAACAAUACAAAGCCAACCACAGGCCAGUAGCGAUCCAGCUUCUAAAUUGCUCAAGGCAACGCUCCCUUUUGUGCCUCAGUUUGGUUGGACCAUGGAAAGUAUUGUACGUGGCGCACGCGAGCUGGGAUAUCCUUCCGUGGCACAUGGUGUGUUUGUGAACGGGGAAGCAGGCCUUGUCGACGCUUUCUUGAAAUAUUGUCGCCAAAACCACGUUGCGAUGGUAGAAAAGGCUUUAACCGAUGAUGAAGAACUCAAGACGUUGAACACUCCAGAGAAGAUUAAAAAGAUCACUGCCAUGCGUCUGGAUCUUCUUAAACCAUAUGCUCAUAGAUGGUCAGAGGCUUUGGCUAUCAUGGCGUAUCCUAGUAACAUUCCCAUGUCGGUUACCCACCUUGCUGAGCUGGCUGAUGACGUCUUAUUCUAUGCUGGCGACCGAAGCCCUGAUUUCAAUUGGUAUAUUAACCGCGCAGGGUUUGCAGCCAUUUACACAUCAACGGAGCUCUUUAUGACACAAGACAAAUCUACUGAUUUCUUUGAGACUGCUCGCUUUCUCGAUUCCCGCUUAGCCCAAGCUGCACAGUUGAAGGAUGGAAAAAAAGAGCUGGAUACAAUGCUUGAGUUUGGAGCGAAGAGUUUUCUUGGUUUGCUCGGCACGCGUGGAAUCCGAGUAUAA